AUGGUUCUAAAUCAUGAAAAUUUUAGCAUUGCCACAAUUAAGGAUAAAUCUAAAAAUUUAGUUGUUGAUCAUCGAGCUUUACCUGAUGAUGGAAUAUUAACAAAUGAAAAACCUGUUUCCAAAAAUAUAACCACGAAUUCAAAUAAAAGAAAGAAUGAAGAACCUAAAAGCGAGAUUAAAAGUUUAAUUCAAAAAGUAAAGAAACCAAAAAUAAAUACAAAUACAAAUUUACAACAAGCACCAACAAUUCCAUUCUCUUCAAUGUCACAAGAGCAACAUCUUAGAUUCUUGCAAGUGAAUGCUCUCUAUUCUGUAAAUUUUAAAGAGGAGAAGGAGGAUUAUAUGAGAUGGCAAUACAGUAGAUCAAUCGAGAGAGUAAAAUAUUUAGAUAAAGCAAUUGCUUACCAAGUUGAGAGAUUUUAUGAAGUUUUAAGCGCAAUUGGACUUGCUCUUCCUCCACCUGUUCCUGGUGAUCCUGUGUUAAAAUUUGUACAGCAAAUUUACAUGACAGGAAAAUGUUAUAAUUUUGAAAUUCCCCCAUUUGCAUCUCCAAUUCCAAUACCAUUAGAAAAAGAGUAUUGGCACGAUAAUAAGAAAACAAUAAAUCAAAAUGUUGUCACCUCAAAUAAUAUUAAUGGCAACCAUACGGAUACAAAUGAAUCAAAUCAAGAAAAUUCUCAAGAAAAAAACGAUGAAAAUAAUGACGGCGACAAUAAUAAAGAUUUACCAAAAACGGAUUAUUGGAAGAAAACGGCUCGAAUAUUAGGCGUAAAGACCAAAUUGGAAUAUCAAUUGGAUGCUGGAUUAGAGGAGACUACGAUAUUGGAAAGAGCCUGUUGGUGGAUUUAUAAUUAUAUUCGACCAGAUGCACAUUUAAUGCUCGGUAGAAUUAAUGUUCUAAAUAAUGAAUUACAUCUUGUUGAAUGGAGGAAAAUGAUUGACAUCAUUCCGGAUGGAAAUUGGCCUACACCAUACAGCAAUAUGAUUCAUUAUAUUAUGAAGAAUUUAAAAGGACUACCAGCAGGAACAUAUUUACUAUCCAAAUUAAAAGGUGAACAACACGCAACAAUCUAUAGAAAUAACGAAGCGAUUGAAACACAAGCAUUAACUGCUUCCGCUACCACCACCCCAAUGGAUAUAGAAACUGACGAUGAUGCUGAUGGUACAACAAUUAAUAUACCAGAAUAUGAAACGCACUUUUAUGAUCUUCACAAAGCUCAUUCAAAACCGCCCAGUCUAGAUCGUGAAACUAUACCAUUUGUCAGAUUAAAAUGGAAUGGUCCACUAGAACAAGUUCCCGACACAUUCCCAAUUCGUACAACUGAUACGAGACCGCCAUCGUAUUGUCAUGACUUUAUAAUGAAUGGAGAGUCUAAUCAAUUGCAAAACUAA